UGAAAAAAGGGUGACAUUCCACAAGAGGACGCAACACAACACACUUAAUUCCUGUGUGUGAAUCAAUAAUUGACUUCUCCAAUCUUCAUCAAUAAAAUAAUUCACAAUCCUCACUCUCUUAUCACUCUCAUUCGAAAAGCUAGAUUUGCAUAGAGAGCACAAAAUGGCGACUGCAAAUGGAGCACACUUGUUCAACCAUUACAGCUCCAAUUCCAGAUUCAUCCAUUUCACUUCUAGAAACACAAGCUCCAAAUUGUUCCUUACCAAAACCUCCCAUUUUCGGAGACCCAAACGCUGUUUCCAUGUCAACAAUACCUUGAGUGAGAAAAUUCACCAUCCCAUUACUGAACAAGGUGGUGAGAGCGACCUGAGUUCUUUUGCUCCUGAUGCCGCAUCUAUUACCUCAAGUAUCAAAUACCAUGCAGAAUUCACACCUGUAUUCUCUCCUGAAAGGUUUGAGCUCCCCAAGGCAUUCUUUGCAACAGCUCAAAGUGUUCGUGAUUCGCUCCUUAUUAAUUGGAAUGCUACGUAUGAUAUUUAUGAAAAGCUGAACAUGAAGCAAGCGUACUAUCUAUCCAUGGAAUUUCUGCAGGGUAGAGCAUUGUUAAAUGCAAUUGGUAAUCUGGAGCUUACUGGUGCAUUUGCGGAAGCUUUGAAAAACCUUGGCCACAAUCUAGAAAAUGUGGCUUCUCAGGAGCCAGAUGCUGCUCUUGGAAAUGGGGGUUUGGGACGGCUUGCUUCCUGUUUUCUGGACUCUUUGGCAACACUAAACUACCCAGCAUGGGGCUAUGGACUUAGGUACAAGUAUGGUUUAUUUAAGCAACGGAUUACAAAAGAUGGUCAGGAGGAGGUGGCUGAAGAUUGGCUUGAAAUUGGCAGUCCAUGGGAAGUUGUGAGGAAUGAUGUUUCAUAUCCUAUCAAAUUCUAUGGAAAAGUCUCUACAGGAUCAGAUGGAAAGAGGUAUUGGAUUGGUGGAGAGGAUAUAAAGGCAGUUGCGUAUGAUGUUCCCAUACCAGGGUAUAAGACCAGAACCACAAUCAGCCUUCGACUGUGGUCUACACAGGUUCCAUCAGCGGAUUUUGAUUUAUCUGCUUUCAAUGCUGGAGAGCACACCAAAGCAUGUGAAGCCCAAGCAAACGCUGAGAAGAUAUGUUACAUACUCUACCCUGGGGAUGAAUCAGAGGAGGGAAAGAUCCUUCGGUUGAAGCAACAAUAUACCUUAUGCUCGGCUUCUCUCCAAGAUAUUAUUUCACGAUUUGAGAGGAGAUCAGGUGAUCGUAUUAAGUGGGAAGAGUUUCCUGCAAAAGUUGCUGUGCAGAUGAAUGACACUCACCCUACACUUUGUAUCCCUGAGCUGAUGAGAAUAUUGAUAGAUCUGAAGGGCUUGAAUUGGAAUGAAGCUUGGAAUAUUACUCAAAGAACUGUGGCCUACACAAACCAUACUGUUUUGCCUGAGGCACUGGAGAAAUGGAGUUAUGAAUUGAUGCAGAAACUGCUUCCCAGACAUGUCGAAAUCAUUGAGGCGAUUGACGAGGAGCUGGUACAUGAAAUUGUAUUAAAGUAUGGUUCAAUGGAUCUGAACAAAUUGGAGGAAAAGUUGACUACAAUGAGAAUCUUAGAAAAUUUUGAUCUUCCCAGUUCUGUUGCUGAAUUAUUUAUUAAGCCUGAAAUCUCAGUUGAUGAUGAUACUGAAACAGUAGAAGUCCAUGACAAAGUUGAAGCUUCCGAUAAAGUUGUGACUAAUGAUGAAGAUGACACUGGUAAGAAAACUAGUGUGAAGAUAGAAGCAGCUGCAGAAAAAGACAUUGACAAGAAAACUCCCGUGAGUCUGGAACCAGCUGUUAUACCACCUAAGAAGGUACGCAUGGCCAACCUGUGUGUUGUGGGCGGCCAUGCUGUUAAUGGAGUUGCUGAGAUCCAUAGUGAAAUUGUGAAGGAGGAGGUUUUCAAUGACUUCUAUGAGCUCUGGCCGGAAAAGUUCCAAAACAAAACAAAUGGAGUGACUCCAAGAAGAUGGAUUCGUUUCUGCAAUCCUCCUCUUAGUGCCAUCAUAACUAAGUGGACUGGUACAGAGGAUUGGGUCCUGAAAACUGAAAAAUUGGCAGAAUUGCAGAAGUUUGCUGAUAACGAAGAUCUUCAAAAUGAGUGGAGGGAAGCAAAAAGGAGCAACAAGAUUAAAGUUGUCUCCUUUCUCAAAGAAAAGACAGGGUAUUCUGUUGUCCCAGAUGCAAUGUUUGAUAUUCAGGUAAAACGCAUUCACGAGUACAAGCGACAACUGUUAAAUAUCUUCGGCAUCGUUUAUCGGUAUAAGAAGAUGAAAGAAAUGACAGCUGCAGAAAGAAAGACUAACUUCGUUCCUCGAGUAUGCAUAUUUGGGGGAAAAGCUUUUGCCACAUAUGUGCAAGCCAAGAGGAUUGUAAAAUUUAUCACAGAUGUUGGUGCUACUAUAAAUCAUGAUCCAGAAAUCGGUGAUCUGUUGAAGGUAGUCUUUGUGCCAGAUUACAAUGUCAGUGUUGCUGAAUUGCUAAUUCCUGCUAGCGAUCUAUCAGAACAUAUCAGUACGGCUGGAAUGGAGGCCAGUGGAACCAGUAAUAUGAAGUUUGCAAUGAAUGGUUGUAUCCAAAUUGGUACAUUGGAUGGCGCUAAUGUUGAAAUAAGGGAAGAGGUUGGAGAAGAAAACUUCUUUCUCUUUGGUGCUCAAGCUCAUGAAAUUGCAGGGCUUAGAAAAGAAAGAGCUGACGGAAAGUUUGUACCUGAUGAACGUUUUGAAGAGGUGAAGGAAUUUGUUAGAAGCGGUGCUUUUGGCUCUUAUAACUAUGAUGACCUAAUUGGAUCGUUGGAAGGAAAUGAAGGUUUUGGCCGUGCUGACUAUUUCCUUGUGGGCAACGACUUCCCCAGUUACAUACAAUGCCAAGAGAAAGUUGAUGAGGCAUAUCGCGACCAGAAAAGGUGGACAAAGAUGUCAAUCUUGAAUACAGCGGGAUCGUACAAGUUCAGCAGUGACAGAACAAUCCAUGAAUAUGCCAAAGACAUUUGGAACAUUGAAGCUGUGGAAAUAGCAUAAGAGGGGGAAGUGAAUGAAAAAUAACAAAGGUACAGUAUGUAGCUUCUCUUUUUAUCAUGUGAUGAAGGUAUAUAAUGUAUGUGUAAGAGGAUGAUGUUAUUACCACUUAAUAAGAGAUGAAGAGUCUCAUUUUCUGCUU